UAGUACAAAUAAAUAGUGUGUGGAUUGCGGUGAGGCCGGCCGAUAGUUGUUUUUCCGGUUUAUUUGUCCGGAUGAAGGCAUGAUUGGAGUGAUUUCGUACGGCAAUCGACGGCGCAGAUCAAACUGCUUCACCGGCAAGAAGAAGCGCUCGCCGCCGGUCGGCGUUGGCGGGGCGAAACGUGCCAAGAAGGCACGAAAUGCACGCGGUGGCGGCCACGCCGGUUCGAGCACCGGCCGCGAGAAGGCGGCACUGGCACUGGCGGUAGUCAACUGUGGCUGGGAAGAAGAUGAGGCGAAAACGGCGAACCGAGCAAAGUCGAGGCAACAGCAGCGCCAUCGCGCAGCCGAACCGAGAACCAGCAGACGUCUGCGCUCGGCAUCAGUGACAGGAGCAGAGGCAGCAGCAGUAGCAGCAGCGAGUAAAAAACAAGAACAAGUUCGUUCGACAAGUUCGGCAAGUUUGGCCGAUGGUGGAGUUGGUAGUGAAAUGUGCGAAAAUAAUCCCGUUCCCGUUGGGGGCGGCUACGGUGGCAGGAAACGGGGUCACCAGCAUCAUCCACGGUUCGGCGGCAGCAGGAAGUCGAACGUGCCAGCGGAGGACGUGAUUGCAGCGCUGAGAGAGGCCUUCGAUGGCGGAGCAGCGAUUACGACGUCGACCGUCAUAGUAGGCGGCGGAGGAGGUAGUAUUAGCAGCAGCUCGUCAUCGUCGUCACUGCUGAUUGGAGGAGGAACGGCAGGCAGCAUAGUAAACACAGACAUAAUCAUCGACGAGAAUGCCAAUCCCAGCUCACAGCUGCUGCUGGUGUCACAGAAUGUCACCGAGGAGGACGGCGCAGAGGAGGAAGCUCAAGACAAACAAACGAUGAUGAUGGCAAUCGAUGACGACGAGGAUGACGUCGUCGAUGAUGAUCUUGUAAAUAAUAAUAGCAACAGUUUGGGCCAGGAUCUCAACCCGGAAGUCGGCGAGGAGGAGGAGGAUGAGGACCUAGAAAGUGAUCUAAUUAAACAAAGCAAAAACAAAGGCAGCAACAGCAUCAGCAAUAGUCUAGUUAGUAGCGAGUUAAGCAAUAGCACCACCAGCACUACGAGCAAGGUGAUAGUGAUAGACGACGAGGAGCUCCUCGAGCUCGACGGGGAAGUCCCGCUGCUGGAGGGUAAGCUGGAGGAGGAAGUGGCCGCCAGCGGGCCGGAGCUAGUCAAGCAAAUUAGCAAGAAGCUGAAACGCAGCAAAAAGAGUCCAUCCUCGGACGAUUCCAGCAGUGCGGCGAGCAGGAAAAAGUCCAGCAGUAGCAAGAAAUCUUCCAAAAAUUCCGAUGGCAGCAGCAGCGGCACCACCGUUACCAAGGUCCGGAAAAAGGUCCGCUCGGCGGACAAGCUGGAGCGGGCAUCCGGCGAUGGGGCAUCGUGCGAGGACGGCGGAAGCGGCCUGGGCGGAGGCGUCGGCAACGGCGGACCAGCGGACGAGAACGACCCAGACGUGGCGGAGUGGGCCAAGCUGCGCUGCACCAGCGAGCGGACCGAGGUCAUCGCCGAGCGGGAACACCGGAGGCAGAAGCGGUGCGCCGACUACCCGGGUCUGGCCUUCGGACGGUCCAUCUUCAGCUCGGACACCAUGAUGAAGUUCAACAUCAUUCGGAACGAGCUGCACAACAUCAUGAAGACGCAGCUGAAACGGGCCGAGUCCGAAGUCGCUGCCCUGAACCGUCGUAUUCAGCUGCUGGAGGAAGAUCUGGAACGUUCGGAAGAACGUCUGGCUUCCGCCACAGCUAAACUGUCAGAGGCUUCGGCGGCCGCUGAUGAGAGCGAACGUGCCCGUAAGAUUCUUGAGAACCGUUCCCUGGCCGAUGAGGAGCGCAUGGACGCCCUCGAGAACCAGCUGAAGGAAGCCCGGUUCCUGGCUGAGGAAGCCGACAAGAAAUACGAUGAGGUCGCUCGUAAACUGGCCAUGGUUGAGGCCGAUCUGGAGCGUGCUGAAGAGCGUGCCGAGGCCGGUGAAGGCAAGAUCGUCGAGCUUGAGGAGGAGCUGCGCGUUGUCGGCAACAACCUGAAGUCGCUGGAAGUCUCGGAAGAGAAGGCCACGCAACGGGAGGAAACGUACGGCGGACAAGUCAGAGUGCUGGACCAGCGUCUGAAGGAGGCUGAAGCUCGCGCUGAAUUCGCUGAGCGUUCCGUUCAGAAGUUGCAGAAGGAAGUCGACAGACUCGAAGACGACCUAAUGCACGAGCGUGCCAAGAACAAAAUGCUCCAGGAGGAGAUGGAGGCAACCCUGCACGACAUCCAGAACAUGUAAACAAAAACAAAACAAACAAACACGAUCGUCAUGUCAUCAUUAGCAACAAAGACAGCAACAACUACUACUACAGUAAACAACAACAACAACAUCGUAGCAUCCCGCGAGCGUCAUCGACGCUGUCAGCAGGAAAUCCAAGAUGGCGGCGCGAUGACGCGCUGCAAGGCGCCUACUAGUCCUCGGGGGUGCCUUUAGUGUCACACGUUGCCUUGUCGUCAAGAACAAAACUAUUUAACAACAACAACAACAGCAGCAGUAGAUUAAUGUAACUGUUACUCAACUCUUGUGUCAACUCUUUUGUUUAUUUUCGCUAGGAAACAAAUGUGGUUUUAGGAAAGAAGUCGAAGCACAAACACACCCACAGCGAGAGCAAUUAUGUCACCAAUACACUCACACACGCAAACAUGUUUGCGGGGCGACAUCUACCGUACGAAGUCGGUACUGUUUAGAAUUCCGUAAUUGAAAUUGUACAUUCACACACACACACACUCACAAAUUUGUAGGGUGAACAUUCCAAUCACUUGAGAACAUUCUUUUUCCCGUUUUUUGUUGUUUGCAACCAACCAGAGUUAGGGUAAAAUACACACUCACAACUUAUUAGGAUAUGAUUGUUACUGCCUAUUACGAUUACAAUGUUUACAAUUACAGUUCGCUUUUGUUCCGAUUCUUGCUCCCCUUCCCCAUCUUGUUUUGAACGCUGUUCGCAUCUUUCAAACGCGUCUUCCGAUUUGCAUUUUUGUCCGCUAAACAGAGAAAAUUUUGUUUGAGGCAGCAUUUACGAUUGUGGUUUCACGCAAAAGAGCAUGCAUUUAAAAAUAAAAACAGCACCAGCAAAUUUUUGACAUUUAAGCAACCAACUGUCUUGAAUGUUGUUCUAUGAGCACGAUUCCAACCCUGCGCGUUUGACAGUUGCUUACCUUGAGACGUUGCAAGCUUUGGGCAAUCAAGGCUGGCAAUGCAAAAGGUAGGAGCCGCUGUCAAAAGAGUCAAUACGUUCAGAUUAAAUUGCACAAGAAAAAUACUGUCAGUUUUAAGGGAGAGAACCAAGUUUAAAGAAAGUAAUCCACAUUAGUUACGUUUAAGUAGUUUGAAAACAGUCGAAUCGAUCGAGUAAUUAAUACGUAUUUGAACGGAAAUUCGCGUCUUUGUUGCAACUUUAAGGUUUUACACAAAUAAACACACACACACUCUUUGAAGCAGCUCCCACCCCCUGCGUCUUAAUGUUAGUUUGUUUCCAUUUUUGCAAUAAGCUAUCCCUAUUAUUUUUCUUAGUAGAUGCAUUGAGUUAAAAAAGAUAAACAAAAUACAGAUGAAAGACAGUAAUUUAUGAGCAACCAAUUUUUUAAGUAAUUUUAAGGAACACAUCAUGAGAUAUUCCAGCUAGCGAGAGAAAAAAAUGUGGUGAAAAAUUGAUCGGAAGAAUAAAAUAUCGAAAAAAAAUAUUUAAAAAUCUAUCGUCGGGAACGAUCGCGUGCAAACAGUGCCUUUGUCGAUUAAGUCUACUUACCAACAACAAAAAAGCGUGUAUUUUUUCCGAUCGAUUUUGAGCCGCCCACCUUGAAAUUGUGUGGCCUAGCCAUUUUGAGAGAGGGAGAUAGUAUUUUUUUUCUUUUCUUAUUUUUCGACAUUGUCGCGAACCCCCCGCAACUAAAUUAAGUACAUUUUAAGAGAGGGACCGUGUACAUUUUUGUUCUGGUUUUGAUCAUGCUUUCACGAAAACAAAAUAAACACCAAUACACGGAAACAAAUCAGACAGAUCAUUCCACUUUGUAGUGCGCGCACAAAAUUGUAAAUCAGCUGCUUUUAGGUUAAACACGCAAACACACUUUGUGAAUGUACACCGAAAACACUCCGCGAAAGUUACACUGUAAUUUCAUGGAAGGAAAUUUACACGACAAAAAAAAGGUUUUCAUUUCAAACGACAACAACCAACCGGAAUAACAACAACAACAACAACAGAAAAAACAACAACAACAACAAAAUGAUAUCAUAUUGAGUGUUUAUAAUAAUAUAUUAUUUUAUUUAAAGCCGA